AUGUCUACGUCUCCAACAAAUGAGGAAGUCAAGCCAGACACACCCAGCACAACACAACUGAGUGCCAAAGAAAAUGAAUUUAUCAAGGCAAAAUCGUACCUUCUCACUGCCAGUACAAAUACUGGUAUGAAUCUGUAUGACCAUCUAUCUAAAGUUUUAAACAGAGUUUUAGAUGAGAGGCCAAAUAAUGUAGCUGAUAUUAUUGAAGAUAUUAGUAAUGAUACAAAACGAUCUAAAUUCACAUCUAAAGCUGAUACAGUUCAGGACAAAGUUGAUAAAUCUACAGAAGUAGCACUUGCCCAAUUACAGAAAAAACUAUUCUCAAAAGGUGAAGGUGAAGAAGAAGAACCACAACCAGAUGAAGAAGUUGAAACUCCCCUCCCCAAUCUCAUGGAAUUGUCCUUUUAUUUUGAACAAGCUGCUAUUGGUUUGAAUAGAGAGGAAGUGAUUCGCGUCUGGUUGGCUUUAAAAAACUUGGUAGACAAUCACCCGUUACAACAUGUACGAUUUUGGGGUAAAAUAUUAGGAACUGAACAGAAUUAUUACGUGGCUGAGGUGGAAUAUCGAGAAGGUGAUGAAGAGGAAGAGGAAGAAGAAGAGAAUGAAGAAGACACAACAGAAAAAGAUGAUGCUGAGGAGGGAGAAGAGGAGACUGAAGAAGAUGAUAUUCCUAAACCAGAAUUUAAAUCACCAGCUCUUCCACCUAAAGAAGACAACAGAACUGGUGUUAAUAAGAAAACAUACUUUGUCUGUAAUGAACCUGGUAAACCCUGGGUAAAACUACCAGCAGUGAACCCAACCCAGGUUUCUGUAGCAAGGAAAAUCAAGAAAUUCUUCACUGGCCGACUUGAUGCACCUGUUGUGUGCUAUCCACCCUUUACUGGUAAUGAAUCUAACUACCUUAGAGCCCAGAUUGCUCGCAUCAGUGCUGGAACUCACAUCUCGCCCCUUGGAUUCUACCAGUUUGAUGAAGAGGAAGAGGAAGAAGAAGAGGGAGAAGCUAGAGAUCAUUUUGUAGAGAAUUUAGAUUUUGAAGGUAUUACUGUGAGGGAGCUAGCAGACCCUAGUUUAACUAACUGGGUUCAUCAUGUCCAACAUAUUUUACCACAGGGUCGUUGUUCCUGGUGGAAUCCUGUCCAGAAAUCAGAGGAUGAUUUUGAAGAUGAAGAUGAAGAAGAAGAGAGAGAGGAACCAGAUGAGCCUGAGCCAGAAGUUGGACCCCCACUCCUCACUCCCAUUGCUGAAGAUGAUGAAGUAGGGGGCAUGUCACCCUGGACUCCUAAACUCUCCUCCAAUAUCAUUCCUCAAUAUUCCAUAGCUGUCAUGCACUCUAAUUUAUGGCCUGGUGCUCAUGCUUUCGCUUUUGAAAAGAAAUUUGAAAAUAUUUAUAUUGGAUAUGGUCACAAAUACGCUCAAGAUAAUUUCAGCCCUGUACCACCCCCAGCUGUCCAGGAAGAGUUCCCUAGUGGUCCAGAAAUCACAGAAGGUGAAGACCCUACACCUGAGGAAGAAGCGGCAUUACGUGCUGCCCAACAGGAAGCUGCUGAGGCUGCAGAAGAGAUGGAAGAGGCAGAGGAAGAAGAAGAUGAAGAUGAAAAUUAG